CUGAGCCGAGUGUUGCUUGCAAGUUGCUUCUCUUCCAGCUUUGCGCCCGAAGUACUGGAUCCAGGGCCACAUUCUUUAACUGUGCUACACGCUUGAACUAUAUAUAGCAGUAGAUAUAUCAGCGCUCGCGGGCCCGAACAUACUUUCGCGGCUUUAGGGCCCCACUUGCUCUAGUUUUGGCUUCCUGGCUGAGGAAUACGUUGCAAGCAUAUUUGCUGGCGAGAUGCGCUUGAUGGCUAGGUUGGAGGAGCGUGCGAACUAAGCGAAUACUGGAUAGUAAGGCUCCAACGGAGGUGCGCGCGGAGGUGCGCGCGAGCGCGGUUGGGCGCCCAGCAGCGUGGCAGCUGUGUAUCUGCGUGGCGUAGUCUGCUCCCGCCUGCACGUUGCAGCGCGCUGAGCACGGUAAAGAGCGGAGAUGGCGAAUGGGCUCGCAAAAUGGCUCGGCGCGGGCUCGCUUCUUGCCGGCCUCAUAGCAGCGCUGACAUCAAGGCUCACGCGGCGGAGACGGCGAAAGCACGCAAUUGCUGAGACAGAGGCAGCAGCUGAGGCGGCGUCAACGUCGGGGGUGCAUGAGCGAUGCAGCGGUGCGGCCUCAGGGUCCCAACCUGGGCCAGUCCCAACCCAAUGGGUCACGUUGGGCGCGCGGGCGUCAUUUGCGCUAGGCGAGGGUGGUGCGCUGGGCGGCGGCAGCGGCAGCGUGAAACGCACCAGCGAUGGACUGUUGGUGGGGCCGGGGCCCGGGCCGGGGUCUGGUCCGGGCGGCUCUACCUCCAGCGGCGUGCUGUCGCGGCUGCUGGUGCUGGGGCGGCCGUCAGAGUCGGUGGAGAGCGCCGUCAGCUUCUCGGGUGACGUGGCGAGCAGUACGAACAACUGCGUGGGGUACGGGGACGAGUACGACAGCUCGGAGGAGCAGGAGCCCGAGUGCAGCGCUGACUCAGCACGAGCGUACGGCAAGAGUGACCGGGCGCGGCUGGUGGACAUGUGGAUUGAGAGCGCGCUGCUGGUGAGCCGCGACGUGCGGCUGGACAAGCGCCACUUCGACCGCACCACGCGGCAGAACCUCAAGAAGAUGAGGCCGGCCAGCGCGCAGGCGGUGUUGUCGGAGCUGGCGGAGCGGUGCUGGGACGGCACGGCGGACAUCGCAAAGGAGGUGCACCGACUGGUAAGCCACGCCAAGGCGCAGGACAAGUUCGCGGUGGGUUCGGCUGUGGGCGCCGCCACGUUGGUGUCUCACAACAGCCGCACCAGCAUCAGCAGCAGCGGAGGCGGAGGCCUGCCCGCGUCGGCGGCGGCGGCAGCAGCGGCGGUGGCGGCGGUGGGCGGCGGCGGGUCGCGGCUUGUGUCGUCAGGUGUAACAAACUGACUCGCGGCUUGGCCUUGCGACCUGUUGGGACCUCAGUGCUCUGUGUUUGCCUCAUCUCAAAGCGGUUGCGGUCGGUUGCCAGCCUUCCAUGUGAAGUGGGUAUUCGCAGCCCGCCGCACGAGGCUGCGCAGCCAGCCGCAGUGCUGCUAGUGAGCGUGGCAGUCCGUUUGGUGCGUGUCCACUCAAGCUUUGUCGCACUCCUGCCCUUGGCUUGAGGGGUCAGAUUCAACAAUUGCCUAUCAGCGCCAACCACUAGGCUGCUGGAAGCCCGCCGCGGCGUGCCUCGGGCGCACAAGCGGUUCAGAACAGGCCCGCGCACACAGGCGAAUCGUGACCUGUCACCUCGCAAUGAAGCGGAAUGCCCGAAUGUGCACAGGGCAUGAGGGCGGGGCCCUCAGGCCGCAGC